AUGGCGGGGCUGCACGAGGAGGUGCAGCAGGUUUGGGCGCAUAACUUCGACCGGGAGAUCAAGCUAAUCGAGUCGCUCUUGCCGCGGUUCCGGUAUGUGGCCGUGGACACCGAGUUCCCAGGGACAGUGCACGAGCCUGCGUUGCCGUCGUACAUGCUCUCGGCGGAGAGGCGUUUCUCACUGCUCAAGGCGAACGUGGACGAGCUAGAACUCAUCCAACUCGGCCUCAUGAUGUUCGACAUGGGGUGCCGGCUCCCGGACCUCUGCGGCGCCACGCGGUACGUGCGGGAGUUCAACUUUCGGGAGUUCGAUGUGCGGCGCCCCCGCCACGCGCCGGAGUCGAUCGCCAUGCUGCGGAACAAGGGUGUCGACUUUGACCUGACGCACGAGGACGGCAUCGACGCAGCGGUGUUCGGGCCGCGGCUGCGCAAGUGGCUGCGCGCCGGCGUCAUCACAUUUAGCGGUGGCUACGACCUGGCGUACAUGGUCAAGAUGAUGUUUGGUGCCGGGUACAAGCUGCUUGCCACGGCGGUGGAAUUCGAGCGCGUUGCGAAGGUGCUCCUCCAGAGGAAGCUCUUUGACGUCAAGGAGAUGGCACGGUAUUGCCCGAGCGACCUCCGCGGCAGGCUAGAGAGCAUCGUCGGGAAGCUCAAAGUGGCGCGGGCCGUCCGCGAGGUGCACUAG